CUCUCGGAGUUUUCGCUCCUCCGCUCCGCUGGGGGGCGCCAAGCGCGGCGGGCGCGGCGCUCCCUUUGCGUCAUCUCAGCGGCGCCGGAAGUCCGCCGCGCACCAGCCAAUAGCAGCGCGGGGCGCCGCGCAUGCGCAGCACACUCCGCCCCACGUGUCUCCUCCCGCCGCCGCCGUCGCUGCCGCAGCGAUGCCGUCGCCGCCGGUGCUGCUGCUGCCGCCCCCGCCCGGGGACGCCGCCGCCCUGCGCGUUCUGAUCGCCGCCCGUUUCCGUGGGGACCCGCCCCCGGUGCUGCUGCAGCGCGUGACCCCCCCCGGCACCGGUACCGAGACCGGAACCGGAAACCCCCUGGGCACCGGAACCGGAAACACCCUCGGUACCGGUACCGGGACCCCUCUCGGUUCCGGUACCGGGGCCCCGCCCCAUCCGUUACCGGCGCUCCGUACCCCCGAGGGGGCGCUGCUGGGCCCGGGCGCGGCCGCGCUGCUGCUGAGCCCCCCCGAGAUGCGGGGCCGCGACCCCCGCGAGGCCGCGCUGGUGCGGCAGUGGGUGGCGUUCGCUGAGGGGGAGCUGGGCACGGCCGCGGCCAUCUUGGUGGGGGGGCACAAACAGGCCCGCCCCAGGGCGCUCCAGGAGCUCUCUCGGGGUCUGGGGGCUCUCGAGUCCCACCUGAGCAGCGGCCGCUCCUUCCUGGUGGGGGACGGGGUCACCCUGGCCGACGUCACCGUGCUGUGCGCCCUGCUGGGGCCCUUCACACAGGUGCUGGACCCCCGUUCCCGGGCCCCGUUCCCGGGGGUCUCGCGCUGGUUCCUGUCUGCUCCGCUGCCAUCCGCGCCGGGGGGCAUCUGCUCUGCGUGCGCGUGUCCCCCAGGAACCCCCAGACCCCGACCCUGUGAGACCCCCCCAUGA